CACACUUGUUCAUAGAAGGAGUGACCUGGCUCCUCUAAACAUGAAUGAUUCUUCUCACUAAACAGGAUAAAUGUAUUUUAUUUACACUCACAGGAAUGAUCUAAACCCCCUCAUAUAAUAACACACAUGUGCUUCUAAAUAACAAUGAAUCGCCCAAAGCCAGCAAAUAUCAGACGGCCAAGUGCUGCCAAGCCAUCAGGUCAUCCACCUCCAGGAGACUUCAUUGCUCUGGGCUCAAAGACUCAGGGAGGAGAGCCCAAAGCCCCGGCUGUGCUCCUCAAACCAGCAGCGGCCGGUUUACCCACUGACCGCAAGAGGGAGCCCCCCUCCUCUCUGCCAUCCUCCUCCAGUUUGUCCAGUCUCACCAAACGCCCCAAACUCUCCACCACCCCUCCAGUCAGUGCCCUGGGACGCCUUGCUGAUGUUGCUGCAGUGGACAAGAGAGCAAUAUCACCCUCAAUCAAAGAACCAUCAGUUAUUCCUAUUGAAGUGUCCCCUUCACUGCUCUUGGAUGAGAUUGAGGCUGCGGAGUCAGAGGGAAAUGAUGACCGCAUCGAGGGACUGUUGUGUGGAGCUGUCAAACAGCUGAAAAUGAACAGAGCCAAACCUGACAUUACACUGUAUCUCAGUCUGAUGUUCCUUGCCAAAAUCAAACCCAAUGUUUUUGCUACAGAAGGAAUUAUAGAGGCUUUAUGCAGUCUUUUACGCCGUGAUGCUUCUAUUAACUUCAAAGCAAAAGGAAAUAGUCUUGUGUCUGUACUUGCUUGUAAUCUGCUUAUGGCCGCUUAUGAGGAGGAUGAAAACUGGCCUGAGAUCUUUGUAAAAGUAUACAUUGAGGACUCUCUGGGAGAAAGGAUCUGGGUGGACAGCUCUCACUGUAAAACAUUUGUUGACAACAUACAAACAGCUUUUGGCACCAAGAUGCCCCCAAAGAGCAUGUUAUUGCAGGCGGAUACAGGGAGGACUCCUGGAGAUCUCAGUGCAGGGAGCAGUCCACACCCCUCUACCCCAGAUGAGGAUGACAGUCAGACGGAAUUGCUGAUUGCAGAAGAGAAACUCAGCCCCGAGGAUGAAGGGCAGGUCAUGGCCAGGUAUGAUGACCUGGCAGAGAGCGUGGAAGACUAUGUGCUUGACGUACUUAGAGAUCAACUGAACCGGAGACAGCCCAUGGACAAUGUGUCCCGUAACCUGCUGCGUCUGCUCACAGCCACAUGUGGAUACAAAGAGGCCCGGCUCAUGGCUGUGCAGAGACUGGAAAUGUGGCUACAAAAUCCAAAGGUAACCCGCCCGGCACAGGACCUUCUCAUGUCCCUGUGUAUGAACUGUAACACACAUGGUGCAGAUGACAUGGAGGUCAUUUCCAAUUUAAUCAAGAUCCGCCUCAAGCCCAAAGUUCUUCUGAACCACUACAUGCUCUGUGUCAGGGAACUUUUAAAUGCUAAUAAAGACAACCUUGGCACUAUGGUCAAACUGGUGAUUUUCAAUGAGUUGUCCAAUGCCAGAAAUCCCAACAAUAUGCAAGUACUCCACACAGUUUUACAGCACAGUCCAGAGCAGGCUCCAAAGUUUUUAGCUAUGGUGUUCCAGGACUUGCUAACUAAUAAAGACGAUUACUUACGUGCCUCCAGAGCAUUGUUGAGAGAAAUAAUCAAACAAACCAAGCAUGAGAUUAACUUUCAGUCAUUCUGUUUUGGUUUAAUGCAAGAAAGAAAAGAGGCCAGCUAUGUGGACAUGGAAUUUAAAGAGCGUUUUGUUAUCCAAGUUACUGAUUUACUGACGGUGUCCAUGAUGCUUGGAAUAACGGCUCAAGUAAAAGAAGCAGGAAUUGCAUGGGACAAAGGAGAGAAAAAGAAUUUGGAGGUCUUGAGAUCAUUUCAGAAUCAAAUAGCUGCCAUCCAAAGAGAUGCCGUGUGGUGGCUUCACACUGUAGUUCCUACAAUCAGCAAAGUUGGACCAAAAGACUAUGUCCACUGCCUCCAUAAAGUGCUUUUCACAGAGCAACCUGAAACAUAUUACAAGUGGGACAACUGGCCUCCUGAGAGUGACAGGAAUUUCUUCCUUCGUCUGUGCUCUGAGGUGCCACUGCUUGAGGACACUCUGAUGCGUAUCCUCGUGAUCGGCCUGUCCCGGGACCUGCCCCUGGGUCCAGCUGAUGCCAUGGAGCUGGCAGAUCACCUUGUAAAAAGGGCGGCAGGGGUCCAGUCUGAUGAUCUGGAGGUCCUGAAAGUGGAGAGGAUCCAACUCAUUGAUGCAGUGCUCAACCUGUGUACAUACCACCACCCAGAGAACAUUCAGCUGCCUGCCGGGUAUCAGCCACCAAACCUUGCCAUUUCAACACUGUACUGGAAGGCAUGGCUAUUGUUGCUUGUUGUGGCUGCUUUCAAUCCACAAAAAAUAGGUCUGGCUGCCUGGGACGGUUAUCCUACCCUGAAAAUGCUCAUGGAGAUGGUGAUGACAAAUAACUACACCUACCCUCCGUGCACUGUGGCGGAUGAAGACACCAAGACUGAGAUGAUCAACAGAGAGCUGCAGAUCUCUCAGAGGGAGAAGCAGGAGAUUCUGGCCUUCGAGAGUCAUUUGGCUGCUGCCUCCACCAAACAGACCAUCACGGAGAACAACAGCCUGCUCCUGUCUCAGCUGACCAGCCUCGACCCACAGGGUCCUCCUCGAAGACCGCCACCUCAGGUGCAGGAGCAGGUCAAAACCCUGAACCAGUCUCUUCGUCUUGGACAUCUUCUGUGUCGCAGCCGCAGCCCAGACUUCCUUCUCAACAUCAUACAGAGACAGGCCUCCUCUCAGUCCAUGCCGUGGUUGGCAGACUUGGUUCAGUCGAGUGAAGGGUCUCUGGACGUGCUCCCUGUGCAGUGUCUGUGCGAGUUCCUCCUUCACGACGCCGCAGAUGACACUUUAAUGGCCGACGAUGAUGACGAAGGAGAGAGCAAAGAGCAGAAGGCCAAGAAGAGACAAAGGCAACAAAAGCAGCGGCAGUUAUUGGGACGGUUGCAGGAUCUACUGUUAGGACCCAAAGCUGAUGAGCAGACAACGUGUGAAGUGCUGGACUACUUCCUGCGUCGCCUCAGCUCCUCUCAGGUGGCCUCACGGGUGCUGGCAAUGAAGGGUUUAUCACUGGUGCUGAGUGAGGGGGCUUUAAAGGAUGGAGAGGAGCGGGACCAGCCCAUGGAGGAGGACUCCACAGACGCUGAGCUGCUGCCCUCUUACCAGUGGCUGCUCCAGGAUCUACCCAAACUCCCGCUGUUUGACACUGUCCGGGCAAUGACAUCUACCGCCCUACAACAGGCAAUUCACAUGGAGACAGACCCACAGACGAUCAGUGCGUAUCUCAUCUAUCUGUCCCAGCAUGCUCCUAUAGAAGAGCAAGCUGCUCAUAAUGACUUGGCCUUGGAUGUGGCUCGACUGAUUGUGGAACGUUCAACCAUCAUGAACAGUCUGUUCUCCAGACACUCCUGCAGACCCGAGUCAGAUGCUGUGCUCAAUGCUUUCCUCACCAUUUUCUCAACCUACAUCAAGAGGAUGAGGAAGACUAAAGAGGGAGAGGACCUGUACAGCUGGUCGGAGUCUCAGGAUCAGGUGUUUCUGCGCUGGACCACAGGGGAGACGGCGACGAUGCACAUUCUUGUAGUUCACGCUAUGGUGAUCUUGCUGACUUUGGGGCCGCCUAAAGGGGAGAGUGACUUCUUCGCUCUUCUGGAUAUCUGGUUUCCGGAUAAAAAGCCUUUGCCGACAGCGUUCCUGGUGGACACAUCUGAGGAGGCCCUGCUGCUCCCAGAUUGGUUAAAACUGAGGAUGAUUCGGUCAGAGGUUUCUCGACUUGUGGAUGCAGCUUUACAGGACCUAGAGCCUCAGCAGCUACUGCUGUUUGUGCAGUCCUUUGGCAUCCCAGUGUCCAGUAUGAGCAAACUACUACAGUAUCUGGACCAGGCUGUGUCACAUGACCCACAGAGCCUGGAGCAGAACAUCAUGGACAAACACUACAUGGCCCACCUGGUGGAGGUGCAACAUGAGCGAGGGGCCACUGGGGGGCACACUUUCCAUUCGUUGCUGAGCUCCUCUCUGCCUCCACGCAGAGAUUCCUCUGAAGCGAGUAAAGCCAAAGUGACAGUGGAGCAGGCCCCCAGCUCUGUGAAGAUGAGAGCUGCCUCUCAGCUCAACAUUGGCCCCGAGGAUGAUCUCACUGGUAUACUGCUCCAGAUCUUCCCGUUGAAGGUGGAUGCUCGCUGGCACGGUCCCCCUCCCUCUCAGCUCUCUCUGUCUCUGCAGCAGGCUCUGGCCAAAGAGCUGAUGAGGGCCAAGAAGGGCCAGGUCCAACAGGGAGGACUGGCCUUCUGCCUCCUACAGGCCAUUGCAGCUCUGGUCUCCUCGGCUCACGCUGGACCUAUAGUCCUGUCCAUGCACCGGAGCCACGCCCUCUCCUGUCCACUCAUGAGACAACUGCAUCUCUACCAGCGCCUUGUGCCCCAGGACGUUGCCUUCUCCACCCUGUUUCUUAAAGUCAUUGUUGAGCUGUUGAUCUGGUUGGACAACCCCACUAUCGAGCCAGGACCACUCAAGUCUCUGCUCAAAUCUUUUGCUGGACAGAAUUCUCACAAACACAUGCACUCUGACAUUCGAACAGGCUUCCUGCAUCUUGCCGAGGCUUUGGCUUAUCAAAGGGAAACUGAAGUUCCAGUCAGAGCGAUCAUUGCAAUGCUAAAGGCUGGAGAGCGAUUUAAUGCAGAGACUGAACUUGUUGGCAAAGUGCUAAAAGGCCUGAUGGAGGUGAAGUCGCCGUACUUGGAGGAGCUGCUGUCUCUGCUGAUGGCUGCUAGCACACAGGGGGGCACCGCGGGGCCCGUUGCCAUGGUGAUCUCCUUGUUGCUUCAGGAAAGUGAGGAGCGAGCCGUGAAAAAGGAGCCCGACUCCAACAAGUGAUUGUGAUGUAUAAAGUCUGGUCUGAACUCGGGGCUGCUGGUGGACUGGCUGGAGCAUCUGGAUCCUGAGGUGACAUCAGUUUGUCCAGAUCUUCAACAGAAACUGCUCUUUUCUCUCAACAAGGUCCGGGGUAGUCCAGCCUACAGGCCGUAUCUUCUGGCUCUGCUCACUCAUCAGUCCAACUGGUGCACCCUCCUGCAGUGCAUCAGCGCUCUACUGGGGAAGCAGCGAGACCACAAACUGGACCCAUCUUCAGCUCUGGAUUUUCUCUGGGCUUGCAGUCACAUCCCACGUAUUUGGCAAGGACGUGACCAGAAGAUUCCUGAAAAGAAAACAGAGAAGUUUGUGCUGCAGCUGAGUGCGGAGGAGCUGAUCAGUCUGGUGGAGUUGAUCCUGGCUGAGUCUGAGUUGAGCAGUCACAGCAUGUCCCAUAAAGACAUACAGACCUCAAACUCCCUGCUCCAGUCCCGCCUGCCUCUGCUCCACUCCUACUGCAACGGAGAGGUGGACAACAUCAAACAGGUGGCAGAGUACCUCAUCAGCUGCACCAAGAAACAAGAGGACAGUGAAAUGAGCCAGCGAUGUCAAAACUUGUUGCUGCAGAUUUACCUGCACUUCCCAGAGGUGAUCCAGCAUGUGAGUCUGCCUGAGGGCACAUUUAGCAGUGGAGGAGCAGCCGACGGCAGCAGCUGCAAGCUUGAUGUUUUGGUCCAUCGUUUGGUGACACUGCUCGCAGACAUCGGAGACUCCAAAUCUGCAGAAGGACGUGUUUCUGAUGCUAACCUCGCAUGUAGGAAACUGGCAGUAUCACACCCAGUGCUUCUGCUCAGACACCUGCCAAUGAUCGCUGGUCUGUUGCACGGCCGCAUUCACCUGAACAUUCAUGAGUUUCGACAGCAAAACCACAUGAUGUUCUUCAGUAAUGUGCUUGCCAUCCUGGAGCUACUGCAGCCUCUAGUUUUCCACAGUGACCACCAGAGGGCGCUUCAAGACUGUCUCCUGUCAUUCAUGAAAGUUCUUCAGAACUUCCAGAGGUCCCGUUUACCACUGGUCUUUAUUAACAAGUUUCUACAGUUCACUCAAAAAUACAUUACCCAUGAUGCCUCUGCAGCCAUUCCCUAUCUACAGAAACACUCAAACAUAUUACAAAGCUUAAGUGCAGAAAACCCAGAUCUGGUUCAGCUCAAAUCUCUCUUAGCAGGUUUGACUUUACCUGUAAAAAGCUCUUCAGCGGAGGUCUCAGCGGAGGAGCGCGAUGAUGAUGUAGCAGCCGGAUCCUUGCCCCUAGUGAACAUUUCUGCUUCAGUGUCGAUAAGUCAAGCAGAUUUGACAAGGUACCUGAAGAAAAUGUCAAGAGGAGAAGCAGUGGAAGAUGUGUUGGAAGUGUUGACAGAAGUGGAUGAGAAGUCGAGGAGGAGCCCGGAGAUCGUACAGUACUUCAUAAGUGAUCUGCAGAGGCUCAUGGCAUCGUCAGAGGAACUGUGUCGAAACAUGGCAUUCAGUCUAGCUCUGCGCUGUAUCCAGAACAAUCCCAGCUUGGGCACUGACUUCCUUCCCACUUUCAUGUACUGUUUGGGCAGCGGUAACUUUGAUGUGAUCCAGACUGCGCUCAGAAACCUCCCUGAAUACGUGCUCCUCUGUCAAGAACAUGCGGACAUCCUGCUCCACAAAGCAUUUUUAGUGGGCAUCUACGGACAAAUAGACACAAGCUCGAUGAUUUCGGAGUCUAUGAAGGUUCUGCACAUGGAAGCCACAACAUAACUUAGAAUCUUUAAAAAAGAUCAUUGCAAAUGAAAUGUUUUUUAGCUCUGCAUUUCCCAUAGGUUACUGAUACAUGUGUAUUUACAGGGCUGGGCAAAAAUAAAAAAAUAUAAAAUUUAUCGUAUUAAUCCCAUGAGUUCCUAUGAUUAAUCAUGAUUAAUCACAUGUUAUAUGUAAAACCAAUUAAUGAAUUAAAAAGUGGUGUAUAGCGUUGUGCAAACAGCAUUUCUUUAUACAGGAGCAGGGCACUAGUCUGUAAAGUCCAUGUGCAGUUUCAGUGCAGUUUGUCAGUUCCAAUUUUUUUUUAUGUUUCUGAACAAAGCAAGUUGCUAAGGCAUACAAGAAUAAUAUGAGUAUUAUUAUCAUUAUUAUUAUUAAGAAUGUGAUUGCUGGCACAGACUUCUCGCAGAAAAAAAGUGAGAUCCAGGGUGGGGAGAUGCGACGAAGAGCGAUCGACCGUGUGGUGGUGCCCCCGCAAGCACUUGGUGCCCUAUGUGCUUUGUGUAAUGUGCGUGUGCGGAGUGAUGGCUCUGACACAUUGCAUCUCACGUGGUUGGCCGAAGCCUCGCUCCAUUCGUUUCAUUGAAUGAAUUGCCAGCAUCAACAGAGUGUGUUGCAUUUAGAUGAUAUUUCAGACUGGUCAAACUCUGGUGAUAAAACAAUUGAGUGUUGCAAUGUUACAAAAAUGACUUUGACUGUGUCGACUGUGCUGUCUGGAAGAACUUUAAAAUGAAAAUGGCCAUGUAAAAGUUCCUUACCCUUAUCCCGCUUUCUUUCUCUCAGUUUUCUAUGAGCGCCGCAGCAGUAAGCAAUUCUAGGCUCGCUUGUGGAGGUCUUUUUCAAAAUAAAAGCCAGUGAACAACAGACGUUUACAAUAAAAAUAAAUAAAUAAAAACUGCGUUAAGGGGAGAAAAAUAAUUGUUGGUGAUGAUGAAUUAAUUAGUUAAUGCAAAAAUAACGCAUUAAUGUGCCCGGCCCUAGUAUUUACAUUAGUGGUGUAAUACAGCAAGUGGCCUUUGAUAAUUUGCUGACUAGUAAAGCUGCUAUAUCUAAAUAUACAAAAAUAAAAAUUUUACAAUUUGUUAA